UUAUCUUUCACUCUCUUCAAUCUUUAUUUAUUAAUUUAACAUUUUGCAAUUUCUUGUGAAUUUUGGUUAAACUUAUUGGGUUUUGUAAGUUAUGUGUUGGGUUGGGUUGGGUAGGAAGAGUGCAUUUCGGCUUCACAAAUCAAAAUUUUCAACAAUACAUUUUGGUUUUACCCUGCUCGUUACAAUUUUUACCAUAUAUGCCAUUAAUUUUACAGGGUUGGAUUCUAAUGAUGGUUGUAAUUGCACAAGUUUGGUCUUGAUAUUUCAUUGAAAUUCAUGAAAUUUUCAUGUAAAUCUCGCCAAUAGAAACAAAAAAGUAAAUAAUUGGUUACACUUAUUUAGGUUUGUCAUUAUGUUUGGUUACCUGCAAUGUGAAAUGUAUGUGAUAAUAUUUGAAAUGUAAAGCCUUGCAUAUUGCAGUACAAUUAGAAAAUAGAUGAUAUUAAGAAAUUUUGAAUGAGGUUCAUUAGUUGUUCAAUACAUAGACUGUCAAGCAUGAAGUUGAAUGACCUGUGUGCUGUUCUGCCGUUCGCUGCGUUGAGCAUGGGAUAUAGCUGUUUUAGUUACCUCAUAAACAUUUACUUUGGAGUUAGCUGUUUUAGCUGUGUUUUGGUAACUUUGGUGGAGAACAAAGUCGUUCCUGAUCCUUUCUAAGUGCUGCAAAGUGAGACAAUUAUAGAUAUUGCUGAUUUUUGGGGGAGAGUAUUAUACAUUCUGGUUUCUUACAACUUUUCAGAGUAAGCUGUUGACAAAUUUAUUAAUAUGAAAUAUGUUCUUGAAAUAUGUGCCAGGUGUCUUGGUGACCAAAAUGGACCAAAGCACUGGGUGAACUGCUGAAGGUGAACGUAAGUUUGGAGAUUAGAUGUGAGCACAGAUGGACUUACUAGUUAGGAAGUUUUAAGGGGCACAAAAUCUUGUUAACUAAGUUUGACCUGGUAGGACAACAUAUAUACAUAAAAUAUAUAGUGGAUUCAUUAAAUAUAAAUAAUGUUUUAUCCUUCAAGACAGUUUUUUAUUUCUAAUUUAGAUGCUUGAUCUUUGUAAUUAUCAGUGUAUCUCUUGCAUACUCCCCUUGUACAUGGGUUGCACCUCUGCUCUUUAUUGAAUUAUUUACUCAUAAAGAAAAGGGUUUUGAAAGGGAGAGUCACAGUAUGCUAGAACUUCUGUAUGCAUCCUCCCGUGAUAAAGGAAAGGAAAUUCCAUGGACAUUCACUUCUUAUUGUGUCUUUUACAUUUAAGAAUGUGUUUUCGUUCUAUUGUAACCUAUCCAUAUGUUCUAUUGCCAGUUGAAUGAACCAUAUAUUUAUAGAAUAUAUCAAAGGUUUUCAUCAAAGGGUCCAAUUUUGAAAUUGAAAUGCAUGUUGAAAAUGUGGCCAAGAAAGCUGACUAGAAAUUUAACAUAUAUGAACAAUUUCAUGGUUAGGCGAGGAAAUGGUGAUUUUGAUAUGGCCUCAGGAGAAGUUGCAACUAGUGGGACAGACGAAAAACAUGAGAUAGAUCACAAGGAAGGAGAAGACACUAGAGUUCUUCCUGUUCAUUACUCAAACAACUAUUUUUCACUGGUGCCCAGCGAGUUUAUGCCCAUUAAGAUCACUUUUAAGGUCCCUCCAGGUGUCACACCUCGAGCUAUUCUUAUUACAGGUGUCACUGUUGUAGGGGAUGAAAACCUUAGUGCAAAAAGUUCUCAUUCACUUGCAGAAGCAAUGCCAAAAGAUGCUCGGUAUUGUGAUAACAACCUCUAUGGAGCCAUUGACAUAUAUCUCAAGAUAUUAUCAAACUACAGCCGAUCAAAGAUUAUUGAGAGGGAAUGUUUAGAGCCAUUCGAAAAACCAGAAUGUGAAGCAUUUGAUAUCUUUGUUAAUGAGGUUCUCUGUGUUGGCAAAAGGUGUCCAUAUUCAUGUGUAAAAAGGGCACUUCAUUCCUUUUCAUUUGCUUCUACUGGAAGUGCUAGGGUGUGUUCACAAGGUCAUGGUGAAGACUACCAAGUUCAGCUCGCAGUAAGUCAGUGCCCAAGAAGUUGUAUCCAUUAUGUUACACCUUCGCAGUGAUAUCUUAGAGGAACUACUACACAGUUCUUCGCUUACUAAACCUACCUUAAUUACAAGCUUCUAGUUGGUCAGCUUCUCAUCUGCUACAGGAAGGGUAACACUAAUUUGUUUCUAGGAGUGAAGUUCUUGUGGUUCCACCACCACAUUUAGCACCAUGGCAUGCCAUUCAGUGAAAUAAAGCAGAUGAGCAAGAUCUUAUGGUUCUCCACAAUCUCCACUUUCAGUUUUCAGAUGUGGUUCUCAUGCUUUUUACAACAUGUGAAAGCCAAACAAACCUAGAAACUGUAAUAUGAUGCUUAAAGCCACGAUGCAUAGCCUUCUUGUGGAUUUGUAUCCGAGCGACUGAGACCAUGCCAAACGAUCAUGUAUUGUCUGUCUGCAUGCGUGGUGGUUCAACAUCUGCUCAGACCAAUAAUUAAAGAAAAAAUAUUUGUCCCCAGCCACAUUUGAUACAUUAUUACUCAAUGGAGAGUUGGGAGAAAAUGAAUGUAAACAUUAUUGCUCAAUACAGGAUCAUAGGCUUAGAGGGAAAAAGUAGAGGAAUAGGGGAGAGAUAUAGAGAGAGAUGAAAACUAUUUGCGCUUUAAUUUGGUGCAUCUUGCAUCAUUUCCUGCUAUAUUAUUGAAGAACAGACACUAUUUACCCUCUCAAAAAAAGAAAUUGAAGAACAAAAACUUGAUUGAGAUUGUGUAAAUUAAAUACGGGAAGAAGUCCUGUCAAAUAAAGA